AUGCCCCAGCGACUAACGGUCGUUCCGGGAGGCCAUGCGGACUGGUUGCAGUCGUCCCUCGUCGUCGCCCACGUUUCUCUCAAGAUGGAGAUCACGCGGCAGAGCGAUGACGGCGAGGAGACAGCGAAACUGGUCCAGGUGGGUGAGCUUUCUGCAUCCGACUCUGCGGAAUCCUCCGCCCCUGGUCUUCAUUCGCUGUCGUGUGAUUCUGGCUGGGAGGAGGCCGUCCCAACUCGGUGUACCAUGCAUGGUCACGGUAGCGCUUGUAUAUUCGGUUUAAAGCUUUCAAGGGGCGGCUAUCUCCGCGCCACGAGGCCGUCGGACCGCCAUCAGACGGGCCCGGUCCCGACUCUUCCCGCGAUCCAUCAGACCAUCAAUGGCCAGUACCAGCCUGCGGCGUUCUUCCGGCAGCUCCAUGGGCCUUCUGUCGGCGCCGACAAGCCUCCGGACCUGAUUCUCACGCAUGCGCAGAACCGCGGUGUCGCAGCUGUACUUCCUUAUCUGUCACUCAGCAAGCAUCAGUCUACGCUCCACUUCUAUUCGACAUGCAGCUCGGUCCUCGUACCAUCUUCUUUGUCGGCAGUCGCUCACAGCGCCUCGGACCUUGCCGUGCUCGGCUGCGCCUUGUCUGGUUUGGCGGCUGCCUGGGUGGUGUUUGCCGCCUGGACGCGACCGCGCCGUCGGUACCCUCCCGGGCCGAAAGGCCUGCCUGUCCUCGGCAACAUCUUCGACGUGCCCCUCGAGAACGGCUGGCUCGUGUUCCGGGACUGGGCGCACCGGUACGGCUCCGAUAUCGUCCAUGUCGAGGCCCUCGGCAAGCACGUCUGUGUCGUGAACAGCGCAAAGGCUGCCAAGGACCUGUUCGACGGACGGCCCCACAUAUACUCUGACAAAGAACAGUCUGUCAUGGCCCAGGAACUGUCCGGGUGGGAUCGUGCGUGGGCGCUGAGCCCGUACGGAGACGCCUGGAGAGAGUACCGCAGGCUCUUCCACCACCAUUUCCGUCCCAUGGCCGUCCCACAGUACCACCACAAGCAGACAAAGGCGGUCCGGAGGCUGCUGCACCUCCUUCUCGACACGCCGGACGAUUUCAUGAAGCACAUCCGUUACGCGGCAGGCGUCGCGAUUCUCGAUGUCACAUACGCCAUCGACGCACUGCCCGGCGACCCCCGCAUCGAACUGGUAGAAGCCGCCGUGAACACGUUUGGCAAGCUCGUGGGCGCAGGCGUGUAUCUCGUCGACAUUUUCCCAAUCUUAAAGCACGUCCCGGCGUGGUUCCCGGGCGCACAGUUCAAGCGUGACGCCGCCGAGUACAAGAAGCUGGUAGACGGCAUGUACGAGAUGCCGUACCGUCAGUUCAAGGCUGCGCUGAAGGAGGGGCGCGCCCAGCCGUGCUUCACGGGGUCGCUGCUCGCCGAGGCCGCCGACUCGACGGACACACCGGAGCUCGACGAGUUCUUCACGAACCUCACGGGGACGGCUUACGCAGGCGAGCACAAACCCCCCCCACACUGUAGCACAACGGUCGUGACGCUCACCACGUUCAUCUACGCCAUGGUCCUGCACCCCGAGGCCCAGGUGCUUGUCCAGGAGGAGCUCGACCGUGUCGUCGGCCGCGAUCGCCUGCCCGAGAUGGCAGACCAAGACGCGCUUCCGCGCGUGACUGCACUGAUCCAGGAGGUCUUGAGGUGUGUGGCAUCCCCCCUUGCCGUUGGGUUCGUCCCCGCUUUCCGCUUCGGAUACCUACUAUCGCCUGACGCCAUCGAUCUCUUUUUAGCAACUCGACACCGCGCUGUCACCGACGACGAGUACAACGGCUGCCACAUCCCAGCGGGCUCUGUGGUCAUAGGCAACUCAUGGGCGAUCCUUCACGACGAGGAGACGUACCCGGACCCUCACCGCUUCGACCCAACCCGCUUCCUCACCACAGACGGGCCAGCGCUGCUGCGCGCCGACGUCCCGUUCCCGGCGGAAGCGUUCGGCUUCGGCCGGCGGACGUGUCCCGGCCGCCCCUUUGUCCUCGACAUGCUGUUCCUGGCCGUGUCGAAACGUGCUCGCGGCGUUCACCGUGGAGAGGGCCGUGGACGGGCGCGGCAGGGCUGUCGCGGUCGAGGAGGGGUUCACCCCGCAGGUGCUCAGCCUUUCAAGGCGCGCUUCAGGCCGCGGUUCUCGGGGGCGGAGGAGCUCGUACGAUCGGCUGCUCUGGCAGAUCUGUAGUAGCAGUGUUGUCAAUUGGGAGCGAUGACGCCGUGGGUUCCAUGGCGUGGAAAUUUCUCCAAGUUUCGGCCCCUCUCUGUGAGAAUCUCAGGCAUCGUGGAAAGGUCAA